UAAGAAAAAAGCGAACCAUUAACCAAACCAAGGGGAGACAAUAGACCAUCGUAUAUCAGAGUCAAACUUCCGUUAGUCGUUUCCAACCCUAGCUAGGGUUUUCAAUUUCAUCGUCGACAAUACAUCUGCCAAUUAAGUUCGAUUCAUUUUCUAUCCUUCUGUUAUUCAGUUAGAGCUUUGUGUCAGAAUCCUUUUGGAGGCAAAAGCAUGUACGGAUCGAGGGGGGCAAUGUAUGGGAGCGGGGGGUUAUCAGAUGCAUACGAAAUCGGCUCAAAAAGACCAAGAAUCAUGGAAUCCAAUCCCUACUUUGCAGUUUCCAGUUCCACCGCCUACAGCCACCACCACCCAUACAACUACGCCACCACCACCUUCCACCCAUCAUCUUUUCCAGUGGUCCGCCUGAGAGGUCUCCCAUUCAACUGCACAGACACUGACAUCUUCAAGUUCUUUUCCGGCCUCGAAAUCCUCGAUGUGCUAUUGGUCAACAAAUCCGGCCGGUUUUCCGGCGAGGCCUUUGUGGUGUUCAGCCGCCCCAUGCAGGCUGAGAUGGCCUUACAGAAAGACCGCCAGAACAUGGGGCGGCGAUACGUGGAGGUUUUUAAAUGCAAGAAACAGGAUUACUACAAUGCGGUGGCUAGUGAGGUGAGAUAUGAAGGCGGCGGCGGUGGUGGUGGUUAUGCUUAUGAUGAUUAUUAUGGCCAUGGAAGCUCACCACCACCACCAUCGAGGUCUUCUAAGAGGUUUCUUCAAGAUAAGAUGAAGGAUGAAAUGGAGUAUACUGAGAUAUUGAAGUUAAGAGGGCUGCCGUUUUCUGUGAAGAAAUCUGAGAUUUUUGAGUUUUUUAAGGAUUUUAAGGUUGUGGAAGGGAAAGUGUUUAUUGCUUGUAGGCCAGAUGGGAAGGCGACAGGGGAAGCUUACGUGGAGUUUGAGACAAUUGAGGAAGCUAAGGAAGCUGUUAUGGUCAAAGAUAAGAAGAUGAUUGGGUCAAGAUAUGUCGAGUUGUUUCCUUCUACUCAUGAUGAAGCUAGAAGAGCUGAGUCUAGGUCAAGGCAGUAAUAAUUAGUGAAAAGAUU